AUGGCGCAGCGACCUGGCAUGAGCACGUCGCGCACGGGCGAAGCGGGGCCGCAACGGCACACGCCCUUGCCUGGCAUCAGUUCGACAGCAUCGGCACUGCGUACACGCCGAGCAGAGACGCGUGGCCCGACCUAUACGGCGGACCCGCUCGACGACUUUGAGGUGGAGACGCCCGGCGAUGCGGCGCUGAACGAGCUGCCGUCCGGGAUCAUCAUGCCAGGCGUCAAGGGGUCGCGCGCACCUCAGAGGCAGCCGCCGACCAAGAGCGGCACGGAUGGCGGCGCGCCGCCGAACCGGCCCAAGCCUUUGGUCGCGCCGCUCGGCGCGCUGCGUCCCCUGCGGAAUGCGCCGCCACGGCUGCCGGCGGGCGCCGGGCCAAGCCGCCCGUCGCUGCAGCUGAAGGGCACGCCUGCGCGUGUCCCGCGCUACUCGCUGCCUGUGCGCGCGGAAAAGCCGGUGCGCACGUCCAAGGUGAGCGGGCGCCAUGUGCUGCUGCCGAGCGAGAGUCAGCUGGCCCCCCUGCCGGCGCCUGAGGAGCGCGGCGCAGCGGAGGAUGCGGCUACGGCGCUCAUGAAGCGACGUGCAGAGCAGCGCAGUGAUCCGGUGCGUGUCCAGACGCCGCUGCCGCGGCUCACAUCCUAUGCGAUUUCUGCGGCACUGCACCUGCCGACCCUGCUAGCGUUCCUGCGGCGUGAACACGGCGUGCGCCCCCGCCUGUACGAGGGGUGUGCGUAUGUACUGUACUUCAAGCCGCUCCUGCCUGGCUUUGGGCGCGCGACGGUGCGCAGCUCCAAGGAGCCGCAGACGGGCAGCCCUGGUGCGUCGAGCCGGCAUGAGCGCGAGCUACAGCGUCACGAAGAGAGUGGCUACGUGGGCAACUACUUUGUGCCGCAGGAAGAGGAGGAUAUCGAUACGGACGGCUACAUUCCGAACGAGCUGCGUGAGGGCGACGUGGACCCGCGGCAUGCCUCGCCCGCAGCGAUGCCUGCGACGGAGCCGCAGGAUGCGGACAGCGCUGGCGCGCAUGACAUGCUGCAUGCAGAGCAGGACGAGCGCCGCGUGUCGGACACGCCGGUACCGGUCGUGCACAUAAACGAGGCGUCGCACACGCACGAGUGUGAGGUGAAUGAGCAUGCACCGAGUGUGAUCCGCGAUGCGCUAAACAUGGCCGAGCUCGUCGUGCUGCCGUACGGCGUGGUGGUCAUGUUCAACUUCACGCAGGACGAAGAGGAGUCUCUGUUGGAGGACCUGAUCACCUCCGGCUCGGCGCGCAAUCCCCACAAGGUGUACGACCGUGAGCUCUUCCAGUUCUGCUACGACCCGCAUGUGCCUGCGCCGCGGAUCAACAAUGACUUUUUCACGUUCCGCGCGCCGAACCACUUGCUGAAGCUGUCGCUCGCGCACGCGAUUGCGCAGAGCACCAAGCUGUCCGAAUUUGAAGAGAACAUGCACAAGACGCUCGAAAUGGCCUCACACAUGCCACGGGAGCUCGCACAGACCGGCGAGUUGCACGUGAGUCGGCGUGGCGCGCUCAAAAUGUCCGGCCACCUGUUCAAGCUGCGUGUGGAUGUGAACCUGACGAGCGAUGUGCUCGACACGCCGGACCUGUUCUGGAACGAGGCCAGCCUGCAGGCGCUGUACGAUGCGAUCCGGGAAUACCUUGAGAUGGAUGAUCGCAUACAGACGCUGAACGAGCGCCUGACGAUCGCCAACGAGCUCCUGGAGAUUAUCCACGAGCAUCUCAGCAACGCGGCGAUGAGCAAGAUCACGUGGAUCAUCAUUGUGCUCAUCGUCGUGGCGUGCUUCGUGGCGGUCGGCGAAAUUUCGGCGCGCCUGCUUGUGCAGGCACAUAGAGGCGAGGGGCGAUAG